GAGAAGCAGAUCCGCGCGCGGCAGCCUGGCUCGCGAAGCUUCGUCUGAAGGCUUGCUGGCUCUGGUCCCUGAGCGCGUGGCCUAGCCGCGCGAAUGCUCCUCUAGCCCCCGCGCGGUUGUUCGUUUGCCUCCUGGAUCGGAAACAUGACGCCUGACCUGCUUAAUUUUAAGAAGGGAUGGAUGUCCAAACUGGAUGAAAGUGGAGAGUGGAAGAAGCACUGGUUUGUGCUGACAGAUGCAGGACUGAAGUACUACAGAGACUCUGGAGCAGAAGAGAAAGAUGAGCUGGAUGGUGAAAUUGAUCUCAGGUCAUGCGUGAAAGUCUCAGAGUUUGACGUGGAUAGAAACUACGGCUUCCAGAUCCAGACGGAGGAUGGUGUAGUCACUCUCUCAGCUAUGACAGCUGGUAUCAGGAGGAACUGGAUUGAGGUUCUGAGGAAAAGCAUCAGACCCAUCAGCUGUCCGGACCUUACACAGCUGCCAGACAACAGUAGCAUUAAAGUGAACUCUCGUCAUACGUCAUCCCAUCAUCUGCUCUCCCAAUCAGAAAUCCUCUCUGCUGCAAACUCCACCCAUCGUAGAUUUGAUUAUGUAGAGCUUUCUCCUGUAGCCACACCUCCUUCCCCAGCCAAUCAGAGAGAAGCUGGGGAAGGACAGGUCCAUGAGCUCGGCCAAGGGCAGGAGGAGAGGAGGCGGGGUGACUCAUGGGAGGCGGUGCUGUUGCGUAAGGGGCUGGGCCACUCUUCAGACCAGAAACGAAUUGAGGAGGAGAUAGAGCAGAAAUGGGUGGAGUUUGAACGUCUGCCACUCAAAGAGAUGAGGUCACUUCCUGUGCUGGGGUUGCGGUCUGGUCCGUCAGCCAAUGAGGCGCUACAGAGGGAGGUGGCGUCUCUGAGGCAGCAGCUGGAGCGUGCGCGGGGUGCGGGGGGGGUGGGAGGGUGCGUGUGUGUGGGCGGAGAGGGCGGGUGGCGCGCGUGUUUGGAGCAGAUGGAGCGUGUCCAUAAGGAGGUCCUGGAAGAGCUGCAGAGACAACAUGUUCGUCAGACAGAAGAGCUGGAGAGAGAGAGAGAGAGAGAGUUAAAGGAGGAGGCACGGGCCACGGCAUGUGCUAUGGAGGUCCUGAAGAAGGCUCACCAGGAAGAGCUGGAGCGUGAGGUGCAGAAAUCUAAAAGCCUUAGAGGACACAGAGCAGAUCCACACAAAGACCACCAACAGGUGGAGGUGGUGUGUCUCCGUCGUGAGUUACAGUCUCUCUCUGAGCAGUAUACUCAGAAGUGUGUGCAGCUGACGCAGGCACAGCAGAGCAGUGGAGUGAGACAGAGAGAACUAGACAUACAGGAGAGAGAGCUGGAACAACUCCGCCGGGAAAACCAGGAUCUUCACACUCGUUUAGCAGAAGAAAUUCAACGCAUGCGCUCUUGCAUCACAGGUCAGGAGGAGGUUGCCACUGGUGACACCAAACUGCGCACAGUGUGUGAGUUGGAGGUGCUGCUGAGAGUGAAGAACACUGAGGUGAACUACUUACAAAAGGAGAUCACGUGUCUACGGAAUGAAGUGCAUUUUCUCAAUGUGGAGAAGCAGAGUGUGUGUGAGCGCUAUAUGAGCGUGUGUGAGGAUCUGAAGGUGUUUAAGGAGCGGAAUGAACAGGAACUUCAAUCUCUGCGUGAACAUCUCAGACUAGCCAUGGCUGCCCUGCAGGAGGGACAGGGCCUUGGCAACAGCCUGCAGCACUGACCCCUGCUGCCAAACACAGCUGAAGAGGUGGAACUGGGAGUACCAUUUGCCUUUCAUUUCAGUCCAGUCAGCCAAUCAAGAACAGGGACCUGUGUCAGCUGACCUGAUGCACUGGGUCUCUUAAAUCUCUGCCUGCACUCUUUUUAUAAUGAGCUACAUGUAUAUAAUGUAUAACUUCACCGUUUUCUUUAAUGCUGUCCUGCUGUACUGGGGAAAGAGAACUGGAAUGGAACCUGGGAAACUGCAAAAGAAAAACUUAAAACUGUCAGAUCCUGAAGCAUCUCUGUGCAGCACAGCAAAGGCUAGUGAGUGCGUGAGUAAGUCUGAACCAGUUAAUCAGGGGUGUCUAGUGCUGCGACCCCCAUGGCCAGAGCCGUGAGGAGCUGCAGGGCUCUGGGCGCCCGCAUGAUGCUGGCUUGGGGGAAACCAGGACAGUACUGUAGCAUAACUGCUCUGAGAUCAGUGAACAGGGUCCCCACACACUUCCAGCAUUACAGCGAUUAGAGCAUAACUGCUCUGAGAUCAGUCUGAACUACCGGAGGCCGUCUGCCCUGUGUGUGACCCUGGGUAGACGGGGCUAUGACUGCCACAGAGACUCGAACCAAAACAAAAACCCAAAAUGAUCGCUCAUUGAAGCAAGGCAAGGUUUAAGUAGAUUACUUGCAAAUUUGAUUUCUCUUUUAUUUUCAUAUUUAAAGUAAAAGGUAUACAGAGUCUGUAAAUGUUUUACAAUCAGUAAAAUGCGGGUUUCAGUUUUGUAGACUGAUUUUUUUUUUUUUUUCCUUAUCAAAGUGUUCUCAAGGUUAAAAUUGUCAAAGAAUAAAAAAUCAAACAAAACCAA